GAUCGGGGCUCUCUUUCAUCCACCUGGAGACCUUCUCCUCCUGCCGAGAGGCCCAGCUUGGAGCUCACUCACCACUCGGUGCCUCCUCCAGCUGCCACUCUUCCUCCACCCCCACUGGAAUCAACUGUUCCCUGAUAAAAACAAAAAAUAGUAAUACAAUGUCUAAUGGUUAUGAAGACCACAUGGCCGAAGACUGCAGGGAUGACAUUGGGAGAACGAACCUAAUUGUCAACUACCUCCCUCAGAACAUGACCCAGGAUGAGCUGCGGAGUCUGUUCAGCAGCAUUGGUGAAGUGGAGUCAGCAAAGCUUAUCCGGGAUAAAGUGGCAGGACACAGCUUGGGCUAUGGCUUUGUGAACUAUGUGACUGCAAAGGACGCGGAGAGAGCAAUCAACACUCUGAAUGGCCUCCGACUCCAGUCAAAAACCAUUAAGGUGUCGUACGCACGCCCAAGCUCAGAGGUCAUCAAAGAUGCCAACUUGUACAUCAGCGGGCUCCCGAGGACCAUGACCCAGAAGGACGUGGAGGACAUGUUCUCUCGGUUCGGGCGAAUCAUCAAUUCCCGGGUCCUUGUGGAUCAGACCACAGGUUUGUCCAGAGGGGUUGCGUUUAUCCGGUUUGACAAACGGUCAGAAGCAGAAGAGGCAAUUACCAGUUUCAAUGGUCAUAAACCCCCAGGUUCCUCUGAGCCCAUCACAGUGAAGUUCGCAGCCAAUCCCAACCAGAACAAAAACGUGGCGCUCCUCUCGCAACUGUACCACUCGCCCGCGAGGCGCUUCGGGGGCCCCGUGCACCACCAGGCACAGAGGUUCAGGUUCUCCCCCAUGGGUGUAGAUCACAUGAGUGGGCUUUCUGGUGUCAAUGUCCCAGGAAACGCGUCUUCAGGCUGGUGCAUCUUCAUCUACAACCUCGGGCAAGAUGCUGAUGAGGGGAUCCUCUGGCAGAUGUUUGGCCCCUUUGGCGCCGUUACCAAUGUGAAAGUGAUUCGAGAUUUCAACACCAACAAGUGCAAAGGGUUUGGUUUUGUAACCAUGACAAACUAUGAAGAAGCUGCAAUGGCCAUAGCAAGUCUGAAUGGCUACCGCCUGGGGGACAAAAUCUUACAGGUUUCCUUCAAAACCAACAAGUCCCACAAAUAACUCGCUCAUGCUUUUUUUGUACGGAAUAGAUAAUUAAGAGUGAAGAAGUUGAAACUUUUUUGUUAGUGUACAACUCAUUUUGCGCCAAUUUUCACAAGUGUUUGUCUUAGUCUAAAUGAGAAGUGAAAAGGUUUUUAUACUCUGGGAUGCAACCAACAUGUUCAAAUGUUUGAAAUCCCACAAUGUUAGACCAAUUUUAAGUUUCUUAAGUUAUUUCCUUUAAAAUAUAUAUUAAACAGAAACCUAAGCAGACUGCGUUGACUAGCCAGUCCCUCUGGGUGGAGGUGCAACUGAAGCAUGCUUUAUCUAAGGCUGUCUAACACUCGUUCACUCGAUGUCUCCACAAACUGGGUAAACAAGUGAGCUUUCAGUUUUAGUUUUUAAUCUAAAGAUGUUAGACAGAUGCCGAGUGUGCGCUUUCUCAACUGCUUCAACACCUUAAGCAGUGUAUGCUUUGGUUGACAGGAAAUUGCUUUCCCAAGUGAGUCCCACUGCCACCUCCUGCUAACUGGGUCCCAGGCUCUGCCAAGUGGUCCUCGGAGUGGCAGUGACCCCGCCCGCCACGGGCCACCACCAGGGAGGGGGGCCACGCUGGCCUGGGCCGGGCAUCCAUGGGAACGGACCAAAGAGUUUCAGGGAAACUCCAGUGUAUUCCAGAGUCAGCCCUGAGCUCCAGGCACUCCUGAAGACGUGUCGCCGCCCUGCCAUCCUGAUUUCUGUCCACACUUUGCAUGCACGGUGCCCCACUCGUCGGAUCCUGUUGUUCACAGUGAUUUCUCCAGUUUCCAAGAGCAUUUAACACAGCUUGAAUGCAUAAGAUAGCUCUAUUUUUUAAUAACACAUAAACAUUUGAGCAUUGUAUUUCUCGCAUCCCUCCUUGUGAGCGCUAGGCCUUUUUCUAUCUUAGUUGGAUUUUGUUUUGGAAAUUUGCUUUCGUAUGGACACUCAGCAGAAAAGUAACUUACUUCUUGCCAGUUAUCUAUUAACAAAAACCUUUGAUUUGUAGUUUUAAAGAUUAACCCUCAAAAGUUCUCUUCAUAACUGCCUUGACAUUUUGGGUUGUUCUGUUCUGUUAAUUUUCUUUUGCUUUUUUGUGUUUUUUGUUUGUUUUUACUUUUGCAUUUAAGACCAUUAAAUUUGAUUUUGUUUUGCUCGAGUUUUGUUUUGUUUUUUGUUUUACCUUUUCUUUCUUUUUGGCUAGGGAAGACACAGACAGCCCAGCAUUUAGGGAGGGGUCGUAAGAUCUUACAAAACAAGCACUUACCUUGGAAGAAAAAGCAUUUCGAAACCGUGGUAUAGGAUUGGGCAGCCACAGAAAGGUGGCUCUUCUGGGAAGCUGGUAGGAAGAGACUACUAGCUAGGGCGCACCCCGAGCAGCAGCUUGGGACGCGGUCAGGUUGGAGAAGUAACCACACGAGGAAUGCUCAGUCCUGGCAACUUUGAGCCAUGACAUGAGAUGUCAAACAUGUAAUGACAGGUUUUUUUAGUUCUUAGUGUCAUAGGAUGACAGCGUUAUUUGUCUAUUUAUUUAUGUAUUUAUUUAUUUAUUUAUCUAUUUAUCAAGCUACUUAAGUGGAAAAACAAGUAACAGGUGCAGCCAUCUCCAGAGCAGGUCUAUGUCUCCAGAACCUCUGACAGUGUGAGGCUCCCUGUCCCUUGUCCCCUUUCCUUCACCCCACCUAGAGGGACCAUUUACAUUGUCCUCAAGUGUCACAGAGGCUGCUGUGUGCACUGCACCUUGUCUCCUUGGAGUGGGCCACUGCUGUGUGGGACCACUUCCUUCUUCCCCAGGAACCCUGCCCUGCCUGGCCUCAUCCAACAUAAGUAGGCCCUGCUCUGUCUCCCCAGAGCAUUCCCUCCCCUCAAAACUGAGUGUUUUGCUGGAAAAUAGGCCUUAUGGGUUCCUUGAGCCGGCAUCUCAUGUGGAAAGGGGGUCUCUGGGUCCCAAAUCCUCCGUCAUGGGCCCCUAACUCCUGCGCAUUCCUGCCAGCCUGCAUCCAGUGUCCCAUCCUUGCAGAGGUUCCCGUCACAGGCACAGACCGUGGAGGGCUUGGUGAGUUCACAGCCAGUGCCUCGGUGGAUCGGUUUGCUUCCGGGUGGUCAGCACAGUCCCCGGAGCUUCUCAGUUGAGUGACUCAAGCCUCAUUUCAGCUGAGCUCCAUUGUAAACAGCCUCUUGCCAAGACCCCAGAUAAGCCAGGGUAUGGAAGAAAGGCUUUGUUUUUGAAACAGUGCUCCUGGAAAGCAGUUUGCCACCAAGGCUUCAAUGCUGGCCAUGGGUGGUGAAUUUCUUGUGUCUCCUCUAGACCCUACAAAGAGCAGAGCCCCUGCCUUAGAAAUUACAACCCAAAGGCUGGGGCUGUUUCAUUGCCACACGAUUGCCAGCAUGCUCAGAGCCCUGGGUCUCAUCCCCAGCACUGCAAAGAAAAAAAAAGUCAUGACCAAAAAGCAACCAUUUAAAAACUGCAUAGAUCCAUUGUGUUUAUAUCAAGUGAAAUGAGUGCUUCUCCUUAUAUUGAGGGAUUUUGAUGGAAGAGAAUGAAGAGUAGAUGAUAAUGUGUCCGGCAUUUGCUCAGUGAAUUCCAGUGAGGCUGUGGUUGAGCUCUCUUCUGACUCAGUGACCUUCCCUGGCACUUCUAUGCGCUCAGCAGCUCCGAGCUGGUGAAGCAAGCUCCAGCUGAAUUGUCCAUUUCUCCCCACGCGGCUCUGGCCCAACCACACUUUUCAGUGUAUCGUGCCAAGCAGUGGCCUUCUGUGCUGGCUGCACUUCAUGUCCCCCUACUGGGACUGAUUUCCCCAUCCGUGCCCGCCACCUUCCUAGGUGAGAGCCGGUCUCCUUGGGCCGGUGCAGGUGGUGCUGGGUGAGCUCGGCUGCCUCCUGCCACAGGUAGGUCUCUCCCGCCGAGCGCAACUGCCUUAACCUUUAAGAGUCUACACUUAGUGUAGUUCAGGAGACCCUGGGUGCCCAGGGAUGGACCCAAGCUGCCCUGGGGACCUCAGAGCUGGCAGUUGAGGGUUUCCCUGCUGGAUCCCAGAAACAGAUGAACCCCAAGGCAGGCAGUUAUUAGCAAUGAAUUGCCACUCUGGUUUGCCUUGUGUUGGUCCAGCAUUGGCCUUGAGAAUGGAAGUGGACAUCUCCCCACUGUUCGCUCGGCCUGAUUUCACUCCCGCGUGCUUGGGCAGCCAGCCUUCCUGCUUCAGACAGAGGGCAAGUGCAAGCUGUGGAGGCCUCCGUCCAUGGGAGACGCUGGUCCUUCCUCUCUUCCUGCCUUCCCAAGACCCGCCUCACCUCCUGGAACCGGAGGCAGCUCCUCAGGAGAGAGUCCCAGGCUUCCUCAUUUCUGGGGGGGUUCCUGUCCCCCCAGGCUUCCUGAGACAGCUCUGAGGUCGCUGUGCUUUCUGCCUAGUGGCAUUGAUGAUUGGCACGUUCUCACCAGCGCAGUGGAACCUGAGUCUCAGUCCACACGAGGCUUGUUUGCCCUGACCUCUAGUGAUUGUAUGACAGUCCCACGACCUUGCAGUGAUCCAAGUUUUUGUUGUGUUGUCAGUCAUUAAAAAAAGAGAAACUUGUAAGUCACUGAACACAGGGACCUUUGUUAGGCUGGUGGGGCGCGAGGACUGCGUGUCCCUCCCCUGAAGAGCAGCUUGCCCCUCUGCUGCUUGAGGUCACCUCCUCCCGGUGACUUCCGUUGACAGUGGCUUGCUUGGGGGAGGGGUGGGUGUUACCAACUGAUUCCCAUGUUGUACAGUGGAUGGCUAGACAUUUUGUAUAUUAGUGUGUUUUAAGUUAUUGAUUUGUUUUAUAUAAAAUAAUUUAUUUUCAGGUACCAUUUUUCAUUUUAACUUUGUUUUUACAUCGGUUUGUUUUCAAUAAAGUCUGACACUGCUGUCCAAAAGUCAAUAAUAAAAUGAAUCCCAUUGUGUUCUUUUGAGGAUGCUUAUGUAAGUAGCUUUUUAAAAAAUUAUUUUCAGAAAAAGGGAAACAGACCCUGAAGUUUUCCAUCUCCCCUUUGCCUUUUUAUUUUUUCCUUUAAAUUCUUGUGAAUAAAUGUUCUGUAGUGUUUUAGGAGGAAAAAGCAAACCUAGAUUUUGAUAAUCCAGAAGAUUUCAGAUUAAUAAGCUUUGAAAGAAGACCAUUUUUCAAAAUUUUAGUGAAGUGUGAAUAUUUUUUGUCAAUGGCUUUCUCAAAGAGAAUGAAACUUUUGCACCAUUUUCAGAGUUUUUAUAGAGAUGCCAAAUUGAUAUAUUUACAUGUAAUGGAAACAUGAAAAAGUUUUAUUAAACAAUUGUUCAUA